AUGGCUUCCUCGGAUUAUCCAUCGGAUCCGGAUGAAACGGAACCUACUAUUCAUACAAAUGUUCUUAUGAAGCAAGAUAAAGCUUGGAAAUAUGGGGGCAUCAAUAGGUUGAAGCAACACCAAGGUGGAGUAAAAGGGAAUAUUGCAGCAUGUAAAAAGGUUCCCGUUGAUGUUAAAUUUCUUAUGAAGAAUAUUUAUGAAGAAAGUCAGCAAAAGAACAAAAGUGAUGAAGUGAUUACAGUUAGCCAACAAUCCACUCAGUCAAAGAGGAAAGCUUCUUCUACAUCAAAAAACCAGUCAUCCUAUUUUCCCCGAGGUAUACAUGAUGUUUCACAACCUUCAAUUGUAUCAGCGUGGCAAAGUAAAGAGAGGUUACAUGAUACAGACCUAGCCGUUGCCAUGUGGUUUUAUCAUUCUUGCAUACCAAUGAAUGCUGUAAAUUCACCUCUUUUCCCUAUCGCAAUGAGCAAAAUCGCGUCUAUGGGACAUGGAUAUAAGGGACCCUCGUAUCAUGCAUUGCGUGUAAGCCUAUUGAAGGAUGCUAAAAAUUCAGUUUCAUUGAUAAUUAAAGGUCAAAGAAGGGAAUCCGGUUGCACUAUUAUGAGCGAUGGAUGGCGAGAUGCUAGACAAAGACCUCUUAUUAACUUCUUAGUUUACUGUCCAAAAGGGGUUUCAUUCAUCAAAUCGGUUGAUGCAUCGGAUAUUGAGACGAAUGCUGAUAAUUUAUGCAAUUUGUUUGCGGAGAUAGUUGAACAUGUUGGGUAUAGGAAUGUUGUUCACCUUGUUACUGAUAAUGCUGCCAACUACAAGGCUGCAGGAAGAAUGUUAGUGGAGAAAUAUCCUUUGCUUUGUUGGUCUCCGUGUGCAGCGCAUUGUAUUAAUCUGAGUUUGAAGGAUAUUUCUGAGAUAAAAGAAGUUGAUGAAGUGGUUCAACUUGCAUCUAGGGUGACGGUUUACAUUUAUAAUCAUAAGUGGCCUCUGAAUUGGUUGAGGAAAAGACCAGGUUGGACAGAGAUCAUUCGUCCAGGCGCCACUCGAUUCGGUACCACAUUCAUUGCUUUGAGAAGCUUAUAUGACCACAGGCUUGAUUUGGAAGCUAUGGUCACAUCUAGUGAAUUUAAGAAAUUCUUGAAAUUGGCAAAAGCUAAGGAUGUGAUGAGUCCCAUUUUGAAGCUUUUACGCAUUUGUGACCCUGAUGAACAACCUUCAUUAGGUUAUGUGUAUGAAGGAAUGCAGCGGGCAAGAAAAGGUGUUGAAGACUUGUUUCGUAGGAAAAAAACUAAUUAUGAAACGUAUACUAAUAUUAUUGAUGAUCGAUGGGAUAGGAUGUUGCGCAGGAGUCUUCAUGCUGCUUCUUAUUGGUUAAAUCCAAUAUUUUAG